AGCACGCUUCAAGUAUUUGGGAGAGGAAAGAGGAGGAGGAGGUGAAGCCAGUGAAGAGGACGGGCCUGCCCAGAUUGCCUGGCGCUGUCAUCGGGGCCUCUGGGUUUUACUUCCUCUUGGCCUGGAUCGGUUGAAGAGAACUGUGCUGCUUCUCUCUGGCUGGACUGGGCCCAGUGCCAAAAGACAGUUCAGGGGUGGCCCACCUGAGGCACUCUAGCUCUUGGACUAUGACUCCAUAAUCCCCAUCCACGAUAAACUGCAACUGAGGGUGAUGGGAGUGGUAGUCAACAAUAUUUGGAGACCCUCAGGUUGGCCAACCCUAGUCAGCGGUGGCACUGGCUCUCGAGUAGUGGGCCCUUUCCUUGGCCCCAGUGGUUGCCCAGUGUGCCAACCUCCGAUGGUGGCUAUAGUGAUGACCAAGAAGAUAUGAUAAUUACACUAUCAGAUUUGGAAUGUGACUACAUUAAUGCUAGAUCUUGCUGCUCAAAAUUAAAUAAAUGGGUGAUCCCUGAAUUGAUCGGCCAUACCAUUGUUACUGUAUUAAUGCUUAUUUCACUGCACUGGUUCAUCUUUCUCCUCAAUUUACCUGUAGCAACCUGGAAUGUAUAUAGGUACAUUAUGGUUCCCAGUGGAAACAUGGGGGUGUUUGACCCCACAGAGAUCCAUAAUCGAGGACAACUAAAAUCUCACAUGAAAGAGGCCAUGAUUAAGCUUGGCUUUCACCUUCUUUGUUUCUUCAUGUACCUUUACAGUUUUAGAGUUGGAGACUGGCACACCAUAUGACCCUUUGGGCUGCCACACAGCUGCUCUUCCAGGAAAAAGAUUCAAGACCUGGAUAUAUCUAAUGUAAAACAAACCAGAGCACCACUAUUCAUUUGAAAACACCCCACCCAAGCUUUACAGCCAACAUUUUAUUGAUUGAUUUGAUUUGUAUACCACCCUUCCAAAAUGGCUCAGUGCAGUUUACAAUUAAAACACACCACUAAAACAGUAAAGAGCUAAAACAAAUUAAAAAACAACAAUUUUAAAACAUUUUAAAACAACAAUUAAACAAUUACAGUGAUUAAAAAACCCCAAAUCGGGUUUUGAAUUUUAAAAUAAACCAGAAAUUAAAACCCCCACAAUUUAGGAAGCUAAGAAAACUUGGGUGAAAAAAGGGUUUUCAGGUGUUUUGUGAAAAUUGCCAGAGAUGGAGAGGAUCGCAUCCCAGCAGGGAGCACAUUCCACAAUCGGAGCAGCGACCGAGAAGGCCCCAUAUUUUAAUUCCCAUAGAGCAACAACAAAGGUUAUCUCCAUUUAAUUGCUCUUGUAAUUCCCAUGUAAAGGCAAGUAAACAAGGACAUAGCUGUUUAAACUUCCUUAGCUGUUACUAAUAUUUUUAUUUUCAUCCAUUAAAGGAUGGAUUCACAUGACCAUGUUUGUCUCACAGCCAUAGUGGUUAUCAUGUAAAGACUUGCAUCUUGUGUGGGCUUGCAUUCCUUUCAUAUGAGAAAGCAUAGCUUUCUCAAACCUAUCAGUGGGAGAGGUGUACCUUUGGUGAAAUAUUACCAUGCAGUUGGGUCACAAUAAGUUGUCUGAAUCCACUUACCCUAUAUAUAGAGGGUGUUUGUGCAUCUAGUUGGAGAGCACUAAGGAACUGUGUACGUUGAUCUUCUUACAUAUAUUUGUGAUGAAAACAAUUUCAUUUACAACUUCACCCAAAAAAUCCUGGGCAAUGGUCCUAAGAGUUUCCUAACUGCUUCCCCAUUGCCUCAGAACUACAGUUACCAGAGUUCUCUGGGAACAAUGAAUUACUGUUAAAUCCAUAAAACAUAAACAUGUCCAGGAACUAAGCCUUGGCUUCAAAGUAAUCUCUUAAGCAACUCAUGUGAACAACACUUUCCACCAUGUGAUAUAUAUAUUUAAAGAAUUUAUUCUGAACACCAUUCCAUGAAUCCAAAUUGUUAGCACUGUCUAGGCUGCUUCCUCUUUAUAAAAGGGUAGGGUGGGGUCUCUCCUUCAGUUGUUCUGGUGGGUAUAUAUGGAAUGAGAUAUUCCAAGCUUUCUAUUGCAGGAACUGUCCAGCUCUGCAUUAACAUCCAUUUCCCUGCCUGCUACACCAUGCUGUCUACUUCUUUGCUAUCUAACCAAGGCACCUAAUCUAUCUCCUCUCUUACAACCCAAUCCUAGCAUAUAGAUCAGGUCCAGUGUUAACAUUAAUGGAAUGACUUUUUGGAAUGAAUUCCAUGUGAACAUAUAUGGGACAUAGCAGAAUGUGGUUCGUAUGACUUGCUUAAGAGGUUAUUCUCAGUAGUUGAGGCUUAAUUCUUGGAUAGGUUCAAGUUUUAGGGACUCCUUGGGGGAAUGAUUGUGUUGUCGGGGGAUGCAAAGCAGUGUUGAUAGUAUGCCCGGGAUGCAUGAUUGUGCUGCUAGAACAGCCUGUGUUGGAAGUGAUCCUUAGCAUGAUCAGUAGGCUUGAAACUAAAUACUUUUGACACAGAGGGCGAUUCACUAUGAAUUUUUUAUGAAGGCAGGCCUAUCAGAGCUGCAGUUGCAUGGCACUACACGUGUCAUGUAUUAUGUAUAUGUUGGGCCUCAACCGGUGUGGGGUUAUGUAGCACUUUGUAUGUUUCAUACUGGCUUAUAUAAAGUAAUUUUAAACCUGGGAAUAUAUUCAACUAAAAUACGGUUGGCUGUGCCAGAUAUAAGAGUGGGAUGGGGACUAGAAUGUUAGCUUUGCUAACAUUGCUGAUAUAAAAAGGGAAUAGGGUAGUAUGUUACUUCUAUUAGAAGUUGUACUUGCAUCUUAACAUACUAUUCUUACUCUUU